AUGGGCGACUACGAGAGAAGGCGCCACAACGGUGGCGGCGGCGGCGGCGGCGGCGGCGGAUACAACAACAGGAAGAGAAGGUAUCGAGAUGACGAUGACAACGACCACCGACAGUCGCGACGAAGAAUCGAUACCGCGCCUCUGCCCGUGAGGGUUCGCAGACAGCUCCUCUCUCUCGCUGAAUCACCUCUCCGCCGGUGGCAUGACGAGGUCCAGGGCAUCGCUCACGUCGUUGCCGAGAACGCGGAGGACGUCGAGCUUCGCGAAAGCUUUAUUGGUCUUGUCCUGCAGCUAUCGUUGGAGCAGCCUCUCAAGACGCCCUUUGUCGCUGGUGUGAUCCUUCUGGUGAACACGCUUAAGCCCGAGAUUGUAGACGAGAUCUUGGCGAAGCUGAGCGCCGCGAUUCAAGAGAGGAUCCUAUCCGGCGAAUGGCGGGAUGUAAAGCUCUAUCUGAAGCUGUUGGCUUGCUUGCAGAGCUCUCUCGACGGCGAGGGAGUCUUCCCCGUCCUGGAGGAGUUGUUCGGCCGGGCUGUCGACUUGCAAACAGCAAGCUCUGAUGAUACAAUUGGCACCGAGCUGGUUAAGAUAAUACUUCUCACAAUCCCGUACAUUAUGGCAGCGGCCCCUGGUCAGUGGCAGCAGAAGGCCGCCGACCUCAUGGACAAGACAGAGAUCAUUGCCUCGGAGCCUCACGCGUUGCAGGCACUCAUCGACCCGUACAUUCCGGAGAAGGAGGAUCAGCCCACUGGCUCCAUGAGCGUGAUCGCAUUGCUCCAGAAGCAGCUGCAGCAUGAAGCAGCAAACGGCUGGGAAUUGUCUUGUCUUCCUAGACCCUGGAAAUUGCCGCUCGAGGAAAUCGAGGCACAGGAGAAGCUGGACAGUGCCACGAAGCACAGCCUCCCCCCGAUCGCGGUUCCCGAGAAAAUCGUCGCUGGUUCUCGGCCUUUGUUUCCCGAAGUCUACUUCUCGGUAUACAGCAACCAAGAGGUCGAGUCGGUGCCGCCUGUGACGGACAUCGCUGCUUCGCUGGUAAGAGAUGGAUUGGUUGAUACGAUUAACAUUCUGGACUACAACCGUAACGUCACUGCGCGAUACCUCAUCGACUUAGACUGCUACUUCUCCGACACCACCUUCGUCAAGCGAGCCACUCCUUUCGACAGACUAAGAGAUAUUGAAAGCGGCCGCUCAACGUGGAAGCCUGAAGACGUGGCCGUUGACGCCGUCUUUUCGCAGCUCUUUCAACUCCCCACACCUGAGCAUAAGCUCGUUUACUAUCACUCAGUUCUCACCGAGGCGUGCAAGAUUGCACCCGCGGCCAUUGCCCCCAGUUUGGGUCGAGCAAUCCGGCAUAUGUAUCGCAACUCGAGCCGUAUGGACCUCGAACUCUCCCAGAGGUUUGUCGAUUGGUUCUCGCAUCACCUAAGCAACUUUGGCUUCACUUGGAAGUGGACGGAGUGGGUUGACGAUGUCUACCUGCCUGACCUCAAUCCUCAGAAGGCGUUCAUCAUCGGCGCAUUGGAUAAGGAAAUCCGACUCAGCUUCGCGCAACGCAUCAAGGGCACGCUUCCUGAGCCCUAUCAACCCCUGAUUGGACCCGAGAAGGAGAAGGAUGUCCCGGAUUUCAAAUUCAAUGAUGACAGCACUCCAUUUGCAGCCGAGGGCCGCGAGAUUGCCGCGUUGCUGAGACGUAAAGCACCAGACGAAGAGUUCCAGCCGAUCAUUGAACGGAUCCACUCACUUGCGAUAGAGCGCAGUUUGGAUCCUUUGGUGACAAGCACUGACAUUUUCGUCACGGCCGUCUGCUGGGUUGGAUCCAAAUCACUCAGUCACGUCCUGGCGUGUAUUGAACGCACCAAGGACCGUCUGCUCGAUGUAGGCGCGGCAUCCGAGGUGGCUAAAGCCCAAAUCAUCACCGCUGUCAUGUCAUACUGGGCGGCACAACCCGGCGUUGCCAUAUCGAUCGUCGAGAAGCUCCUAAACUACUCGAUUCUACUGCCCACCACAGUCAUCGAGUGGGCUCUUGUGGGCGGCAAUCACGUCGAGGGACAGUCUUCGGGCGAUGCCUUGGCGCAACCGCACGUCUUCGAGCUGGUGUUCGGAACCGUGGCCAAGGUGACGGGUCGUGUCAGGCAAUUGUUGACAAAGGAAGCCGAGGCGGAUGAAGAAGCAAAAGAGAGGGAGACCAAGGCUAUGCGCGACCUGUUCAAGUCUAUGGAGGAUGCUUUGGUGAGCUGGGCUUCGGGCAGCAAGGACGAGAUGAUGGAGGAAGUGGAUGGCGCCGGCCAGCGCGACGCUCUACUCCGCCGAUGGGGUGAGAGAUGGCUGAGAGUUUUCCGACGAAGAUCGGCCAUUGAGGAGGCAUUUAUCCUCGAGGCGAACAAGGAGCAAGCUACUGCUGCCAACGAAGUCUAA